AUGAAUCAUAUGCAGACCGCGUCAGAAACCUUGAAUCAAACCUACUACAUGCCGCACCAUCCCAUUAUAAAGGAGAGUAGCAUUACAACAAAACUGAGGGUUGUUUUCAACGCGUCCGCCAAAUCGUCUUCCGGUAAUUCGCUGAAUGACGCCUUAUUUGUCGGCCCUCAACUGCAACACAAUUUGUACACGAUUUUGAUGCGCUUUAGAACGCACCGCUACGCAGUAACCGCAGAUAUCGCCAAAAUGUAUCGUCAAAUCUGCAUAUCCUCAAAACAUGCCGAUCUGCAGCGCAUCGUUUGGCGCAGCCAUCCAUCCUUGCCCAUCCAAGAUUUUCGCAUGGUGCGUGUUACGUACGGAGUAGCAGCUGUAUCUCACCUAGCUGUCCGAUCGCUGCAACAGACGGCAAAAUAUUCAUCGAAUGGUUGUGCUAGAGCCGUUAAUGUUAUCCUAAAGGACUUUUAUAUGGAUGACCUGCUAAGUGGUGCAUCUAGUAAGGAGGAACUUCUGUUGCUGCAGCAAAGAGUGUCUGAAAUAUUGCGGGAAGGUGGAUUUGAACUCCGAAAGUGGGUGUCGAACUGCGUGGAACUAAAUGCAAGCAUCUGUAAUGCAGCUGAAACCAUAUCGCAUUACAUCGUCGACGAUAAGGAUGUCUAUGCGUUAGGUCUGAUCUGGAACACGGAGGCAGACUACUUUACAUUCACUGUCAGCCUGAAGCAACCACCCGCUAGUUUGACCAAAAGAGCAUUUUUAUCAGACGCAAGCACGCUAUUCGAUCCGUUGGGACUGCUUGCGCCUGCAACUAUAAAAUCAAAGAUGUGGUUCCAAGACAUUUGGCGCACCAAUGUAGGUUGGGAUGACCUCAUUCCUGAUCCAUCGCAACGAAAUGGUUGGAGCAUCAAUUGCAGCAGCUCGCACACUUGA